CGUGUAGAAAAAAAAAGAAAGAAAGAAAGAAACGGGACGCCCUCCUCCUCUUCCUCCUCCUCCUCCUCCUCUCUUGGCGGAUAACGGUGUCCAAGAAGUUAUUCAGGACCGACGCAGACAAUAGUCUCAUCUUGCGGGCUUUGAUACGCUUCCAUCACUACUUGUUAAUGCUGUCCGCGUCCGUAUCGUGUCACAGAAGGAGGGAAACACUCGGCUGAAAACGUAUCAUGGACGAUUUGGGAGUGCCUGAGCCACCUAAUUACCCUCUCAGUCCUCGUAUUGUUGUGUUUGAUGCCCUCCUGGCUGAUCUAGAGAACACCGGCUCUCCUCUCGCUCGAUGUCCUGUCCUGCUCACCUCUGACCCUCCGCAAAAUGUUGAUCCUGUCAGCGAGGACACCGCCCCGGCCCGGCCGCCGCCGCCCGCCUACACCCCACAGCAGACUGUUUCCGCUGCAAUGAAAUCCUCCCAGAACUCCAACCCAGACAAAUUAUACAGCACAGUGUGUAAACCGCGUUCUCCCCGCACAACAGAUCCUCCUCCAGCCUUCUCCUCCUCCUCGCUGUUGGGAGGAGGUCUGAGUGAACUGGACCAUCUGCUGCAGGAAUUGAACGCCACCCAGUUCAACAUCACAGAUGAGAUCCUGGCUCAGUUCCCUUCUAAGAAAGAUGAGAGGGACAAGAUGAAGGAUAAGUCCCCGACUUCCUCUUCCAGCUCUGCGAAGCCUUCAGCAACUUCAGCCACACUGGAACUGGACAAACUGAUGGCUUCCCUGUCAGACUUCAGAGUCCAGAGCAAACCAGCUGCACCUGUCAGUCCGGUGGUGCCAACACCACAGCAGCCCGCCGCCCCAGCGCAGCCCUCAUCUGGGGGCUCAUUGGACAGCAUGCUCGGGCUGCUUCAGUCUGACCUGAGCCGACAAGGAGUUCAGACAUCCUCCAAGGGAAACUGUUCAGCUUGUCAAAAGCCAGUGGUAGGACAGGUGGUAACCGCUCUUGGGAAGGUCUGGCACCCAGAGCACUUUGUGUGCACUGAGUGUGAGACAGAGUUAGGCAGCCGCAACUUCUUUGAGAAGGAUGGACGGCCGUACUGCGAGUCGGACUACUUCACCCUGUUCUCCCCUCACUGCGCACAAUGCAACAAGCCCAUUCUAAAUAAAAUGGUCACCGCUCUGGAUAAGAAUUGGCACCCAGAGUGUUUCUGCUGUGUUAAGUGCAGCCGGGCAUUCGGAGAGGAAGGUUUCCAUGACCGUGAGGGCCAGCAGUACUGCCAGCAGUGCUUCUUGACUCUGUUUGCUUCCCGCUGUCAAGGCUGCAGCCAGCCAAUUCUGGAAAACUACAUCUCAGCUCUCAACUCUCUCUGGCACCCACAGUGCUUCGUAUGUAGGGAGUGCUACAGCCCAUUUGUCAACGGCAGCUUCUUUGAACACGAGGGCAAACCCCUGUGUGAGGCCCACUACCACCAGUCCCGUGGCAGCAUGUGUCAGGCCUGCCAGCAGCCAAUCCUGGGCCGCUGCGUCACCGCCAUGGGGGCCAAAUUCCACCCCCACCACCUCGUGUGUCACUUCUGCCUGAAGCCCCUGAGCAAAGGCUGCUUCAAGGAGCAGGAGAACAAACCCUACUGCCACCCGUGCUUCAUCAAACUCUUUGGUUGAGGACACAGCAGGACUUUUUUUUUAUUUUUUUGUCUGUUUGUUAUUGUGGAAAUGAGGGUGGAGCUGGUCUCUUUCAUGGUUUUAAAAAUAUUAGAGUUGUUAGAGAGAGGGAACCAAAAAGAGAAUCGUGUAACCCAGUUAAUUAAAAAAAACAAAACAAGACAGUGGACUGCAUUAAGACUGGCAGUGUGAAAUGUAACUCUAGCAGUGGUUAGAGAGAAACAAAAUGUGCGCCAAAUGCUUUUGUCAUGUAUGUAAAUCGUUUACAUACUGUACUGAUUCAAAUUGAAUAUUGAAAAUUGAAUUCUUUUGCCAAAGGUAGAAAAUUUAUUGUUUCAGUGAAUGACGUGUACUGUUGUGCAAGGAAAUCCCCUUUAAUAUAUUUGCUUUAUAUUGCAAAAAAUAUAAGUGCCACCCGCUGCAACUGCAUUUAUAUAUUGUACGCUGACUGCUAUAUACGGAAUGUUUUGUGUAACAAAUGAAGCUGUCAUAUAUUUAAUGUCAGAUUUCUUUUUCAUUAUUCUUUCACUAUUGCUCUAUUCAAUCUGUUUAAAACAAUCCCAAAGAAUAAAAUAAAUUAGAACAUGA